AUGACUGCGGGAGAAUACGAGCUCUUCAAGGAGGCCAAGAAGCAGGCAGCCUCAGAAAAGCAGCAAAUAACCGCCUCCCGACCAAAAAAGCUACCCAAGGACGCAGCCCUGCUACACCAGUACAGCGACGCCGUUAAAUGUCGUGUAUUCCUUAACACUUUGUUUGGCUCUGCCCAAAAGUGGUUUGAUGGACUACCGCACGGGUCCAUCACCUGCUUCUCCGAUUUUAAGAUUGUUUUCCUGUGCUAUUUCGCCAGCAGCAGGAAGUACCAGAAAACUGACCACUGCUUGUUCGCUCUCAAGCAAGGGUCUGCUGAGCCGUUGAGAAGCUACAUCAAGCGUUUCAAUCAAGUGGUCCAGGACGUCCCCUCACCCACAUCUGAAAUACUUAUGAGUGUUUUCUCCCAUGGGUUAACCGAGGGAGAGUUCUUUAGAGAUCUCAUCAGAAAUCCCAUAAGAAACUUCGACGAGAUGCUGGAAAAGGCGGCCAGCUACAUAAAUGUGGAAGAAGUGCAGGUGGCAUGA